CCAGCGGUCGCCUUGGGCCUCAGAUUUUAGAAGGCCUCAAAUUUUGAGGCCCAUAUGGGAUGGAAAAAAUAAAAAAUAAAAAAAAGUUAGGGCAAGUUUCAGACGACACAAUCUGCUUCGACACUCCGCAGGGCGCAGCCUCCGCUAUCGCCUCAGGUGACAAGGGCCUCACAUUUGAAAGUUCGCCUAGGGCCUCUCAAAAUAUUUGAAAUCUCAGGGCCGGCCCUGGGGCCACAAAAGGGAGGUUUCAGUCCGUCAAAUUUGAAAAUACGAAGGUGAUAGAAGAAGAAGCAUCGAGACGAGAGAGAAAAACAAGGCAAAUAUCGUUGAUUCAUCACAACAUGAGCUGUUCUUCCACUUGAAAUUGAAUUGAUCCGAAUAGUAGGGGCUUCAACUCACGGUCGGUGAUGUCCCUCGCCAUUAAAUCCGGCAACAUCGAUUUGGUUCGGGCUCAGAUGGAGUUUGGUUGCACAAUUCAAAACUGAUUGAAUCCAAACAUGACUAACUUGGUUGCUGAAAUUGGCCAUCGCGAAUAUAAAUUUUCAGUUCACAAUUGCUGAAAUAAGCAAGGUGGGGGUGGCAAUUGCAAUUUUUAAGGCUUGCUGUGCUAGUGAUUCUAUUUCUGUACCGAUUGGAAUUGACAUCAAGUAUAAAUUAUUGAAGUUGGAAACACGGGUGACCAAUCUGAAAGUGCAAUGGCAGCAGUAAAUGGUGAUGAAGCCCCAGUCUUUGUUGCAGAAGAUAAUGUAAAGGAAAGGUGUUGGGAUCAGAGAGAGGUGCUGCCAGGGGAGCCCCUAUGUGUUAUAUGUGGCCGCUAUGGAGAGUAUAUAUGCGACAGAACUGAUGACGAUAUUUGCAGCCUCGAAUGUAAACAGACUCUUCUAAGCAGAAUUGACAACUCACAGUUGUCAGUUGAUCUCCCACCUCCUAUAAGAUUACCGGCAACUGAUGAGUGCUUUUAUGUAAGAGAUGCUGAUGAUAAAUCAGAAUCUCAAUCCUUAACCAACGGUCAGACUGAAUUGCUAAGAAGGAAACUUGACAUAUUUGUGAAGGGAGACAUAGUUCCUGCACCAAUAUUGUCAUUUUCUUCUUGUGAUCUUCCUCAGAAGCUCCUCCAUAACAUAGAAGCUGCAGGCUAUGAAAUGCCAACACCUGUCCAAAUGCAAGCAAUCCCAGCUGCUUUGAUGGGCAAAAGCCUGCUCGUUUCAGCUGACACCGGUUCAGGGAAAACCGCUUCCUUUUUGGUUCCUAUAGUUUCAUUCUGUUCAAAUUUUACGCGUCAACAGUUCUCAAACCUUAAAAACCCAUUAGCUAUGGUUCUCACACCUACCAGAGAACUCUGCAUACAGGUUGAGGAACAAGCAAAGUUGCUUGGAAAGGGUUUGCCCUUUAAAACUGCUCUUGUGGUAGGUGGUGAUGCGAUGGCCAGGCAACUCCAUCGCAUCCAGCAAGGGGUGGAAUUGAUUGUAGGAACUCCUGGCAGGCUUAUUGAUCUUUUAACCAAGCAUGACAUAGAAUUAGAUGGCAUUUCGAUUAUUGUUCUGGAUGAAGUGGACUGCAUGCUCCAAAGGGGCUUCCGUGAGCAGGUAAUGCAGAUUUUCAGGGCUCUAUCGCAACCUCAAGUCUUGAUGUAUUCCGCAACAAUUCCAAAAGAAGUUGAGAAGAUGGCAAGUGUAUUGUCGAAAGAUGUAACUGUUAUCUCUGUUGGGAAUCCGAACAAGCCAAACCGGGCUGUGAAGCAGCUGGCCAUCUGGGUCGAGUCAAAGCAAAAGAAGCAAAAGCUUUUUGAUAUAUUGAUGAGCAAGCAGCAUUUUAUGCCACCGGUGGUGGUAUUUGUGGGUUCAAGACUUGGGGCGGAUCUCCUUUCCAAAGCAAUAACAAUUACCACUAAGGUGAAAGCUCUAUCAAUCCACGGGGAGAAGUCCAUGAAGGAGAGGAGAGAAAUUUUAAGGUCAUUUUUGGUAGGAGAGGUUCCUGUUAUUGUGGCCACAGGGGUUUUGGGCCGAGGUGUUGUUCUAUUGGGUGUGAGACAGGUUAUAAUUUUUGACAUGCCAAAUUCCAUUAAGGAGUACGUGCACCAAAUUGGAAGGGCAUCCAGGCUCGGGGAGGAAGGUACAGCAAUUGUCUUUGUGAAUGAGGAGAACAAGAAAAUGUUUCCGGAGUUAGUUGAAUUCCUGAAAUCAUCUGGAGCUGCUAUACCUCGUGAGCUUGUUAAUUCGCGUUACACAGUUGGUUCUCUCUCUGGUGGCAAGGGUCAGAAGAAAAGAAAGCAUGCAUACUGAAGUUUCAGAUUCUUUAUCUGUUCACGGACUUAAAGGGCCUGUUUUCUCUCUCUCUCUCUCUCUCGCUAUAUAUAUGUAUAUAUAAAUACAUAUAUAUAACUUUGGAAACCGAAUCAUCAUAUUAAUUGAUAGGAUAAGAUGUAGGAAGGAGAGGUGGCUGGCCUAUAUCUCCCUCCCUCACGCUUUAGCGAGAUUCACUCUACCAUUUUAUAGCUUUAGCUCUCUGUUGAUUGUGAGAUUCUACACUAGACAGUAAUCUCCUUGAUGAAGUUCUUGGGUUUCCACUGAACCUACUCAUAUUUGGUGUUUGAGACCCCCUGUAUUAUUCCUUGAAGGUAUCUUAAUCUUUUUGAACCGCUCUCUAUUGCUUACUAUUUACUACUAUACUGCCAACACUAUUUUAAAUGGAUUACUGAACUUUGAACCACUGAGCAUCUUCUUACUAGUAUGCACCUUUCCCCUGACUGAUUUUUCCAGACACCAUGGCGGCUUUCAGAAGCAUUGAUUUACUUUCUGAUCAUCUUAUGACUAUUCUUGGAAGGAUUGUACUAUGGUACUACAAUGAGUUAUUUUAUUUGUUUUCGUAACUAGGUUUUCCUUGUUAUUGCAAAAAUUACUAUGUUCCAAGCUUUAUGAGCUCUAACUGGGCCAAAAAAAAAAGGCAAUGUGGAGAUUUUUUAUGAAGCUCGUGCCAUGGAAUGAAGCAUUGAGCUUCAGAAGGUCCUUUGAAAAUGGAAAAAAAAAAAAUAGCGAGGUGAGCAAAUCUGUAAUCCUCUAAUACUUGUGAUUUAUUCUUCAAAUUCCCUUAGACGUUUUUAUUUCAACCUAAAUUUUUUCCUGUAUAUGUUACCUUAUAUCUUUUUUUGAAAAAUGAAUUUAAUCUACAGUGCUUGCGGCCCAACUAUAAUAUAUGCAAUAAUGGUUUUAUUUCAUAAUAAUAAUAAUAAUAAUAAUAAUUAUUAUUAUUAUUAUUUUUGUGGGUUGUUGGGGUUUUAAUUCCGUUACUUCAUGUGAGAUGCUGAAUUGAAAGUAAAUUAAAAUUUUCUUUUCCCUCUGACAGAUUUCUUUAUUUCUUGUUUUGUGAGAUUUCUUCUCAUUUAUCGCUAAUGGUAUCAUUUUCAGGUCAACCAGUUAAAGGAACUGGACUUCAGAAGGCAGAAUGUAACAUGUUUGGCUUAGUUCCAGAGGAUUGGCUAUUUGAAAACACAAUCCUCUUUAAUCCUGCUUACAUUUUUUAGGUUAGUCGAACACUUAGAAGAGUGGUGAGAAGAGUUAAGACAGAUGGCAUGUGGUUUACGAUACUGCUAUCAAAGUGUGGGAGCAUAUAUGGGUUCCAAGUAUGGAUGGCCAACUCACUCGAAACCCUGCAUUCUAGUGUUUUCUUCCAUGUCUGUUUCUUUUAUAUAUAUCUUCUUGGAAAGCCUGUCAUGAGUUUGCUCAUAUGAACAUGAAAUUUCGAAAUUAGUUCUUUAUGCCCUUAAAAUAUACUACUCAAGUUCUUAUUUUCCGAUUUCUUCAUUGAUUUUGAAAACGCAAAGGGGAUCUGGGAGGGGAAGCUUCCAGUCAAAAGAGGGGUGGCUAUUAAUGGACAAGCAUGACAAUUUCAAGUAUUAGUUAUUUCAAAGUUCUUUCCACCUCUGUUUUGCUGCUUUGUGAUUCUGAUAACAGAUAGAGCUUUAUAUUGUGACAUUAUCUGAAACAUUGUCAGGCUGUUAAGUUAUUUCAAAGUUCUUUCCACCUC